AUGAGAAUGGGAAAGCGAUCAGUGGACGAGUUUGUCACAGACUGCCUCAUGACAGCAAGAGAAAGUGGAUUCGAUCUUGAAUCUACCGUCAAUUAUUUCCGCCGAGCCAUACACCCGGAAAUUCUCAAACAAAUUUACAGACUCCCUGAUAUGCCGACAACCAUGGACGAUUGGGUAAAAUACACCCAAAGAUUUGAUAACCAAUGGAGGGAGCUACAAAGCAUAAAAAUCUCCGUACCCUCUGCUGCCGUUCAACCAAACAACCCCUUCCAUUACAACUCCUCUAACGCUCUAUCAUCUAUGAACAACUCCAUCGUCCCCAUGGCCGUAGAUACAGUCCGAAUGACCCUUACAGACGAAGAGCGCAACCGCCUCAGGAUGGAGGGUGGGUGCUUUUACUGUCGUCAGAAAGGACACAUGGCAAAUCAAUGUCCUGUCAGGGGUUUGUCUAGGGUAUAUGAAGGGUCAACUGGACAUGUUCAACAGGGUAGUAGAAUGGUGGGGAACUGCUCGGCUCAGGCCAGCAGCAGGAUGGGAGGUGGAGGAAGCAGCUAUGGCCAAGCGUUCUUGGCAGGAACUCCAGGCAGUACUCAGGGAGGCACUACGGCGCGGGGUAGAAGCAUGGUGACAACUAACCCAUUCUGGGCCAGACUUGCAGCUUGCCAAGCCCACGCACCUGGACCAGAUGCGCCUAUACGUGAGGAGGAGCCUGAGAUUAGCCAAGAAGAGAUCCAAAGGGUUAUAGGAAAGAUGAGAUGGGAUGAGCAGGAAGCGCUCCUUCAGGAAUUGAGCGAGAUAAGCAAGCGGAAAGAAUUGGAUUUUUAA